AUGCGUCCUCUCACCGAGCAAGAGACGCAGACUCUCUUCAAGAAACUAGCGGACUACACGGGUCCGUCGCUCAAGAACCUCAUCGCCCCUCUCGACUCGUCGCCCGACUCGGACCGCUACGUCUUCCGCCUCUCGGGCCAGAACCGUGUUUACUACGUCCUCCUGUCCAUUGCCAACAUCGCCACGUCCAUCUCUCGUGACAAGCUGCUGUCCCUCGGAGUCUGCAUCGGAAAGUUCACCAAGACGGGAAAAUUUCGCAUGCACAUCACGGCCCUGCCCGUCAUCGCCCCCCACGCCCGUCAUAAGAUCUGGAUCCGCCCCAACGGCGUCAUGCCCUUCCUGUACGGCUCCAACAUCGUCAAGGCUCACAUCGGCCGCUUCUCGGAGGACUGCCCGGAGCAUCAGGGCGUCAUCGUCUACAGCAUGGAGGACGUCCCCCUGGGUUUUGGCGUGACUGCCCGCAGCACUGCCGACUCGCGCCGUCUGGAUCCCACCGGUAUCGUGUGCUUCCGCCAGGCUGACUGUGGAGAGUACCUGCGUGAUGAGGACGCUCUCUUCUCGUCGGGUUAA